UCGGUGGCCGUUGUUUCGUUUCGGCCUCCAAAAAGGUCGAGGGCCCACCCAAGGCCCGCUAUUUUCCCACGCGGCAGAGGUACUUCGAGCCAAAACCAGUCAUCAUGGUUGGUGUCAUGAUCAUUACAUCAAGGGUCGGAAGCACCCCUGAAGUCUCGUCACUGCGUCUGAGAUGCGACAAGCGUGAGGACUGCAGUGCAAAUUACGCUGCUGCUCCUGCGUCUUCAAUCCAUGGAAGCAUUCCCUCUCGGCUUCCAUGCGCAGACGGCCAUGCUGUCCACUGUGAGCUAACCCCUGCAAGUUCAUCCUUGACCACAAGGCAGUUGUCGAAGGUAUAUGCUGUGGACAGGGGAUACCGUGCUUCCAGUCUUGGGAACCGUCUUUUCGGCAGACAUGGCGACCUUGAAAGUGUCCCUUCUCCGAGGAACCACGAGUUACUUGGCCGACGACGACGAGGGCACUUCAAGUUGUGCUCAUCGUGUAUCUGCAGCCUUGUUGAUGACAAUGGCUGCUGGUUUUCGCAAACUAGCUCAAACCACCUCUACUCUGCAUCAGGGGUGUCUUUGGUUCGAGCAGGCAACAUUGCCACCACAUCGAUCGAUCCCGAGGAGACCGCUGCAGUAAAGAUUGAAAGAGAGAAGUUGAAGUCAAAAUUGAAAUCUCUUGUUGGUGACGAUGAAGCAAGGGUGUUGAGGCCGUUGAGUGAGGAAGCGCUGGCGUUGAUCUCCGAUCUGGAGCCUCUGUCCCUGGCACUGUUUGCUUCUAGUGAGAUAUUCAAUGGGAAGUUCCAAUUACUGGGGUGCAGUGUAGCGCUCGGUGGUGGUGGCCCACUCUCUCUCUCACAACUGACCUUUAAUGUGUACCCAGUUUCCGAACUAACCGUCCAGAUUACAGGUUGUUUCAAUUGGGUGGAAAAUUCCAAGAACGCCGUGGUGACAACAUUACUGAUUUCAGCGGGGAAUGAUGAUGCCCAUCCAGCAGUCUCUGGUGUGAGUAUUGUAUCUGGAUCAAUUGAGUUGAGUGACCAAUGUUCGCAUGCUAAUGAUGCUAUACGAUUUGCCGCCAUUUCACUGGAGCCAGGGAACUCAGCAACUGAAGAGGAGUUGCACAUCUGGAAGAGUCUUCUUGCACCUUACUGCCCUGAUAUGGAUAACGAAGGGGCAGUAGUGCGCCAACUGAGGCAAUCAGGCUCAAAUGAGGUACUUUUCCAUGACGAGGAAUUACGUAUUGUAAGAGGAAACAUGAAACGCAUCUAUGUGCUAAGGAAGAUGGCCACAGAUGAUCCGAGCUGGCCGUCCCGGUUAAUAGCCUGAAAUGGCAUGGUGUCCACAACUUUCCACUAACUUAGAGCCAGCAUUGUUUACGGAUGGGAGUUUUUUUCUUUUUUUAACUAAGGGAUCAUAGUGUACCCGAGCCAGGACAGGUCAGGCUGGUCAUCCACAAAGGGCUUCCUAGCCAGUGUUGCCUAGGCCAGGUGAUCAGUGGGGGCUGAGAAUGAACUUAUUUAGGUGUA